AAAUUGGUUGGAAUAUAAAGGACGGACCCAGCCCACGCUCGAAUCUCCUAUGAAGACGUUGUUCUGUUAAUUUACUUUUAGUAAGGUCGCCGUCCGUUCGAGAGCAGCACUGGGGUAAAGCUGAUGCUAUGAGCGAGCCUCCUCACGUAGUUUGCCACCUCUGGAUUCUGGAAGCAAUUACCGCUUUUGAGUGUUUGCGCAUGCGCAAAUUUUAACACGGUCAUUUGUGCGCGCAAAGUAGUGACAAGAACUAGAGAUUUAAAUUGUAUAACUCACGAUCACAGGAACUGUCAUCUGUUAUAUCUUUUGUGCGAUGUAAUUGCGACUUUCAUUUGCGCGACCUUAAACGAUGGGUACUGUUACUGCUCUCUUCUAAAGUAUGUACCAAAGGAUCUAGAAUGCCUGUACACAAGGUAGUAUAGUGCCGGUACGAUUCAAAAAAAUGGCAGGAGAAGUUGAAAGUUUCAGUUCAUACUCUUUCACGAGACAGCCCAAAAUCAACAGCAAGUCGAAUGUGUUAGAAUGCCGAGUUUGUGAAGAUGUAUUUGGUUUGCAAGGAGACAAAGUUCCCAGACUUCUCUAUUGUGGGCACACUGUCUGUCAUGCGUGUUUACUUCGCCUUCCCUUGAGAGAAAAUGCAGUUCAGUGUCCGUUUGAUAGACAGCCUACGCCAGUAGGAAAUGCUGGAGUAUGGGGUUUGAAAAAGAAUUUUGCACUAUUAGAGUUAUUAGAGAGAUUGCAGUACAACCAUGAGAGAGGAUCUGCAUAUUUCUCAGCUGAGUUUCUUGAAAAAGAAAGACAGCUUUCGGUUCAGUGUGAUGAGAAUGAACAACAUAUUGCUGUACUUUAUUGUACAGUAUGCAUGUCUCAUCUUUGUGAGGAAUGUUCAGAAUUAACUCAUGCAACUCGAACGUUGGCACGUCAUCGUCGUGUUCCACUCUCAGAUAAACCACGAGAGAAGCCAAAAUGUCCCUCCCAUCCCUCUCAUGUUGCUGAAUUCACCUGUUUAGAAGAUGAUUGUCAAACUUUACAAUCUGGACCUGGGCCCAUAAUGUGCUUUAUUUGCAAAGAUUAUGGUCGCCACAAAAAUCACAAGGUUGCAGGUGUAUGUGUACAAUGUGAACAAACAAUUCAGCAGGAUGAUGCAAGAGUUUUAAUGCUUUCUCGCGAAAUUAAAGAGGCAUUGAGCACAAUAGAGAAACAGCAACAGCAGUACACAGAAUUAAGUCCUGAACAACUUCAACCAGAUCCAUGCAUUCCUAUUACAUUUACAAAAGAUAAUCGUGUCCAUAUUGGUCCAAAAAUUGAAAUGCGUGUUGUGACAUUAGGUUUGGAUGGUGCUGGUAAAACUAGUAUUUUGUUUAAAUUAAAACAAAAUGAAUUUAUGACCAUGAUUCCUACCAUUGGUUUCAAUGUCGAAACAGUUGAGUACAAGAAUCUCAAGUUCACUAUAUGGGAUGUUGGUGGUCAACAUAAAUUGAGACCAUUAUGGAAACAUUAUUAUCUCAAUACUCAGGCAGUUGUAUUUGUUAUCGACUCCAGUAAUCGAGAGCGUCUUCCAGAAGCCCAUAGUGAGCUGGCAAAAUUAAUGUCAGAGAAGGAAUUGAAGGACGCUUCUUUGCUAAUAUUUGCCAAUAAGCAGGACAUUCCCAGCUGUGCCUACUAUCGAAGAACUGACGGAGCAGUUUACUCUCUAUAAGUUAUGUUGGGUCGUAGCUGGCAUAUUCAAGCUUGUGAUGCCCAGAGUGGAACAGGACUUCAUUGAUGGACUUGACUGGUUAUCACGCCAGUUAGUUGCUGCUGAGUGCAUGAUAUUUAGUAAGAAUUUUCAUUUAUAAUAAAAUUGCCAAUAGACGAAUUGUGUAAAAACAUUGCUUUGUUGAAAUAAAACUUUAUUAAGUGCUCUAUCAAUUUUAUAUCUUUAUUUUGGUUCAAUUUUUAGUUAGUAUUGAAUGUUAAGAAAAAUAGAUCUGUCAUGUAACCAUGUAAUGUUUAGAGAAUGAUUUCUUUUGGAGAUUUGGAAUCCAACAGUCUUUUAGAAAGUCUCUCAGUUGCAGCUCCUUUGAGAGGAACGUCCUGUUUUACAAGUUCAACUCAUAAAAUAGUGUGCUAGCUGAACCUGUGCAGACAUUCCACACAUUGUAAGUAAUUGUUUUAAAAGUGAAAAUGGCCCUUUGCAUUUGGUUUCAUAAGAAGCUAAGCCCUGAAAUGUGUGUGGCUCAGUGGAAUACUGAACAAACAUUUGAAAAUUGUUAGGUGUUUAACAAACAAAGACACAUGCUCAAAUUGCACUGAAUAUCAUUUUAAUUUUACAAGUUUCCGGUCACCCACGGAGUGUAGAUAGAACAAAUCUUCGAAAAAUAUAAUACAUCCAAUUAGAUAUUUUUGUAAAACAUGUGUAUGGCAUGUGUGCAUUUUACACUCUCUGAAGUAUUAUCUACAAAAUUCAUGUUUUCAUUUUAAAUGUGUUUGAUGAGCCCCUGGAGGUCAGUCUAACAGUAGCAAGGUUUUGUGUCAAACGUAUCUUGUGAAUUGCCCAAAACCAUCAGCUUUCCUUAGUGCAGUAUAUACAGAAACGAUUGCAUCAAAAUUGUAAACGUCGACUAAUAACUUUCUUUCCCAAACUGAGAUAUAUAAAUUUGUAAUUUAGAGCAGCUGAAGUUUAAAAUGAUUUGCUGAUUGGCUGCAGAUUGUUAAGACGAUUGUACUUGAGGUUUCAAAAGUUCAAACUUUCCACCCUUUGAUUUGAAUUCUGCUUCAUAGUACUUAAUAUGUGAAGAAUAUUCAAAUAUG